AUGCAACAGGAUGACGACGUUCAACAGGACACCUACGAGGACGAUGAAGAAGAUCUGGGAGGAAGCGGUGGAAGUGGAGGAGGAGGAGGCAGUCGUGGUGGAGGAGGACUUCCCCCGUCACCUCCAAUCCCCGUCGUUAGAAUGGGAAAUAUGACAGGCAUGCCUAUAAUCGAAGUAAUAACGAAUCCCCACCAAUUGAGCACGGCUGUCACUACACAGCUACCAAGUGCGUCUCCGAGUACACCGACUCCGACGCCACCACCGGUCGUCACAAGAAGCAGACGGUCGACGCAGACAACUGUGACUGUUCCUGUUCCUGUCCCUCCCGGGCCAGUUAUAGUGGCCCAGCCCAUGCCUUCCUCUCCGUACAUCUGUACUGUGAGCGAGCCGGUGCGCAGCAAUCUGGGCUACCUGCCAACUGACGGCUUGUGUGACUACCUGUUCUUCGACUCCCUGUACAAGACCUUCAAGAGUAGAUUUAUCCACGGCGUCAAGAUGAUGGAGGCCAGUGCCCAAUAUUUUGUCUCUCAAGCGACCCGUUACAGCAAGACCAAGUUCGGCUUAUCCUUUUCACCUGAGUAUGACCUCUUCACGGACUACAAGGAGCGUGCAUUUUUCAACACUCUCGACGAGGUUUGGAGCCAACGAGUCUCACACUUUGGCUUCCUGGAUCUUUACAGGGAGUUCACGCGGCCCGACACUGUUCUACAAGCCCUCGAAGUGCUAAAGGAGCUGUAUAAACACCUGGAACCGAACUUCUCAGCCAAGAGACCUUCCUACUACGUCGUUGCCAUGGCACCUGACAGUAAAGCUAACGACCAAAUUAUCAAUUUCAUUCAAAAAGUGUUCACUCCAUCGAUGUUCAUCGCCGUUGCGCACAUUUCCUACCCGCUGAGGCUUUUCAGUGACUGCCUCAUCUUUCCAGUGGCCAUGGAGACUCUGCCUGAAUUUGUCCGUGAGAUACACGACUACUACGGACACAGCGUAGUAAGCAUUCGCUCAGACUACGAAAUGUUAUAG